CGCACGCCUCUCCUCGAUUCUCUCCUCGCUUCUUCACAAUUCACCCUAUCCUUGUCAUCCUCUUCGGCUCUUCCUUCCUACACAGUUGCUCCCCUCCCUCCUUUCCCCUCCAAAUCUCUCCAAAAAGCUGGGCCAAUUCGCUCUAGCUCCCCUUUACCUCCGAGCUAUAACGACCUGCACAUGAGAUCAUGAGCUCGGAGGACUCGCUCAAGUCCCUCUCGCUCGACUACCUCAACCUGCUCAUCAACGGCCAGGCCUUCGGCGACGUCGCCUUCAGCGUCGAGGGCCGCCUCGUCCACGCCCACCGCUGCGUCCUCGCCGCCCGCAGCCUCUUCUUCCGCAAGCUCUUCUGCGGCCUCGACCCCAACCACCAGCCGCCGCCCUUGAACAGCUCCGGCGCCCGUGCCGCGGGCGCCGCGCCGGAGCUGGUCAUUCCCGUCAGCUCGAUCCGGUACGAGGUGCUCGUGCUCGUGCUGCAGUUCCUCUACAGUGGCCAGGCGUCGGUGGCGGCGCCCAAGAGCGGGCCCCUGCCGGGGUGCGGCGCCCGCGGGUGCUGGCACACCCAGUGCGGCGCGGCCGUGGACCUCGCCCUCGACACGCUCGCCGCCGCGCGCUCCUUCGGCGUCGAGCAGCUCGCACUGCUGGUCCAGAAGCAGCUGGAGAGCAUGGUGAAGGAGGCGUCCGUCGACGACGUUAUGAAGGUGCUCAUGGCGUCGCGCAAGUUCGAGAUGCAGGAGCUCUGGGCCACCUGCUCCCACCUCGUGGCGCGCUCGGGCCUCUCCGCCGAUCUCCUCGCCAAGCACCUCCCGAUCGAUGUGGUCGCCAAGAUCGAAGAGAUCCGCGCCAAGUCCCCGGUUACCGCGGCGAGCACGCCGCGCACUCCGUUCCUGACCCACCACUAUCUCCCCAUCAACGCGCCGUCAUCCGCCGCCGACCGCGACCACAAGAUCCGGCGCAUGCGGCGGGCCCUCGACGCGGCUGACAUCGAGCUCAUCAAACUGAUGGUCAUGGGCGAGGGCCUCGACCUCGAUGACGCUCUCGCCGUCCACUACGCCGUCCAGAACUGCAACCGCGACGUCGUCAAGGCGCUCCUCGAGCUCGGCGCGGCCGACGUCAACUCCCGCGCUGGGCCGACGGGGAAAACACCCCUGCACCUGGCUGCGGAGAUGGUCUCCCCCGACAUGGUGUCCGUCCUCCUCGACCACCACGCCGACCCGAACGCCAGGAUGCUCGAUGGCGUCACCCCGCUUGACGUGCUCCGCAGCCUCACCUCCGAGUUCCUUUUCAGGGGCGCCGUGCCGGGUCUGACGCACAUCGAGCCCAACAAGCUCAGACUGUGCCUUGAGCUCGUGCAGUCCGCGGUGAUGGUGACCACGCGCGACGAGGGCGCGCCCGGCGCCGGUGGCGAGGCUGAGGGAAGCGACGGCGGGAAUUUCCCAAGGAGAGACGCCGACGACAGCUUGGUGAGCCUGACAAUGAACUCAACGCUCAUGUACCAAGGGCAAGAGAUGGCGGCGGUGAUCGCCGGCGAGGCGAGGAAAGGGAACGGCGGCCGAGGGAGCCCGUCCAACUUGUACUUCCGCAAUGGCUUCCCAUGAGUAAUCCUUAUCUAGCAUUGCCCUUUUAUAUAUCCAUCGAUCUUUCACUAGCUCUGUUGGAACUUGGAACUUUGUGAGGUCAUGGUUGAGAUUGGUGUAGCUAGCUACUAUUUAACUAGGAGAUAUGAGCAAGAAUUUCAUGGUAUUUGGUGUGGAUUGUUCGAUCUUCGCAUCAUGAUCGAUUGGGAAGCAACUGUUGCUUUCUUCAAAUCUGUCACUGUGAUGAAACUUGUAAUGGUACUUCAAUUCAAUCCAGUCCAGGGCUUGCAUUGCUAGCUAGCUCCAGUAGUGUACGGCAUGCAUGGGGAUUUUUAGCUGUUGGUGUUUUUACAUAUGUCUUUAUGCAGUGCAGCGUUUGGGGGCUGUAGACUGUAGUAGCCUUUUGGACGAUAGGAAAGAGGGGCGCAAGCUCAUGUCAGGAAAUGGGGAUCGAGUGGCCUUCGACAAGGCGAAUCUAAGCGUGGAAUUGAAUGGUAUAUAUAUGGGAAUUGCACAUACAUACAUUUUCUCCAGUUACGGCCACAAUCUUUAUUGGAUAGAAUUAACAUAUCUGAGAUUGUGCAUCCUGGAGGAGGUUGUUGCACGGCUGGGAUCUUGCAGCAUGCAUGUAUCGCUACUAAUAAAUAAGAUUG